AUGGGCUCUUUCCUUUACCUCUCUGCAGAGACAUGGACCCUGCUGGUCGCCUUCAUCACACUGCUCAUGGUGUAUGCCUACUGGCCUUACGGGACGUUCAAGAGAUUGGGUGUUCCUGGUCCCAAGCCAGUUCCUUUUUUUGGGACAAUGCUGUCUUAUCGGAAUGGAUUCUGUAACUUUGACCUAGAAUGCUUUAACAAAUACGGAAAAACCUGGGGCAUUUACGAUGGCCGUCAGCCUGUGCUGUGCAUCACAGAUCCUGCUAUGAUAAAAACUGUGCUGAUUAAAGAGUGCUACUCGCUCUUCACUAACCGCAGGAACUUCGGCCUCAACGGGCCGCUGUACGAUGCCGUGUCCAUCGCAGAGGAUGAUCAGUGGAAGAGGAUCCGCAGCGUCCUGUCUCCCUCCUUCACCUCAGGGAGACUGAAAGAGAUGUUUGAGAUAAUGAAGCACCAUUCUGCUAACCUGAUCAGCAGCAUGAAAGAAAAGGCAGACAAGGAUGAGCCAUUGGAGCUGAAGGAGUUCUUUGGACCCUACAGUAUGGAUGUUGUAACCAGCACGGCCUUCAGUGUCGACAUCGACUCACUCAACAACCCCUCCGACCCAUUUGUCUCCAAUAUCAAAAAGAUGCUCAAGUUCGACUUUUUCAACCCCCUCUUCCUUGCUCUUGCAUUCUUCCCCUUCCUGGCUCCCAUAUUUGAAAGGAUGGAGUUAUCCUUUUUCCCCAAAUCAGUGACAGACUUCUUUUAUGCCUCCCUGCAGAAGAUCAAGGCCAAUCGCGAGAGCAGCAAGCAAAAGAGUCGAGUGGACUUUCUGCAGCUGAUGAUUGACUCCCAGAAAAACAACAAAGGCGUCACUUCUAAUGAGAUGCAACAGGAAAAAGGCUUAAAUGAUCAUGAGAUCCUUUCACAAGCUAUGAUUUUCCUCUUUGCCGGGUAUGAAACGAGCAGCAGCUCUCUCACUUUCUUGGCUUACAAUCUUGCAACAAACCCGGAGGUCAUGAGAAAACUGCAGGAAGAGGUUGACGCCACUUUUGCUAAUGAGGCUCCUGUUGAGUACCAGAAGCUAAUGGAAAUGGAGUACCUGGACAGCGUCAUCAAUGAGUCUCUCCGACUGUACCCCAUAGCUCCACGCCUGGAGCGCGUGGCCAAGGCCACUGUGGAGAUAAAUGGCCUUGUGAUUCCAAAAGAUAUGGUGGUAAUGGUCCCCACGUGGCCCCUGCACAGGGACCCGCAACUGUGGCCCGAACCCGAGAAGUUCAAACCUGAGAGAUUCAGCAAAGAAAACAAGGAGACGAUUGACCAGUACACCUACAUGCCUUUUGGGGCAGGACCAAGGAACUGCAUUGGAAUGCGAUUUGCUCUGGUGAUGAUGAAACUUGCGGUCGUGGACGUCCUCCAGCGCUUCAGCUUCUCUGUGUGUAAGGAGACAGAGAUCCCUCUUGAAAUGGACAGCCAGGGUCUUCUUGCGCCAAAACGACCCAUUAAGCUGAAACUAGUCCCUCGCUCUGAAUCUUCCUGCUAGAAAAAGUAAACAAAAUGAGAGUCUAGUUAAUUUGUGUACAUAUGUAAUCCUACGAAUACAAAAGUCCUCGUUCCAGCUGUUCCUUUCUUCUUAAUGACAAAUUGAACAGUGUAGAACCUGAACCGAAAAUAAAGAUGGUUUCACUUUACCUGUCUGUGGUCCUUCAUAUGUAGUCUUUUGUUUGUGUGUGUGUGGUGGGAGGGUGUUAGACUGUAACAACAGCAUGUUAGUUGUACAACUGAUAACUUAGUUUCCUGAAAUACACUGUUUGUCUUUGAUUGCUUUACUGUAGAAGUUUUUAGAAAUGUUAGUUGAAUUCUGCUAAAUUCAUUUUACUCAUUUUGAUCUAGCUCACA